AUGUCCAAUCGUGUAGCUUCUCCAACUAAUCCAGCCGCCUUAGCUGCUGCCCAAGCUUCUCACAGUCCAGUUAUCAAUUCCAAAAGUACAACAGCAGGCAUCAUGAAUUCUCAUCAUCACCACCACUCACAAGCUAAUGGCACACCCAUCAAUACAACAGCCGCAGCUGCUGCGUCCUCGUCAAGCAACUCCAACUCUUCAGUUGUUGGAUUACAUUACAAAAUUGGUAAAAAGAUUGGUGAAGGUUCUUUUGGUGUUAUAUUUGAAGGAACAAACAUUAUCAAUGGAGGACCCGUUGCUAUUAAAUUUGAACCUAGAAAGACUGAAGCACCUCAAUUGAGAGAUGAAUAUAGAACUUAUAAACAUUUGCAAGGAUGUGCUGGUAUUCCUAAUGCAUAUUAUUUUGGUCAAGAAGGUUUGCACAACAUCUUGGUUAUUGACUUGUUGGGUCCAUCAUUGGAAGAUUUGUUUGAUUGGUGUGGAAGAAGGUUUUCCGUCAAGACGGUGGUACAAAUUGCCAUACAAAUGUUGUCCUUAGUUGAAGAAGUGCAUCGUCAUGAUUUGAUCUAUAGAGAUAUCAAACCAGACAAUUUUCUCAUUGGACGUCAAGGAAUGCCUGAUGAAAACAAUGUUCAUUUGAUUGAUUUCGGUAUGGCGAAACAAUAUCGUGAUCCUAGAACUAAACAACAUAUCCCAUAUAGAGAGAAAAAGUCAUUAAGCGGUACUGCCAGAUAUAUGUCGAUAAACACACAUUUGGGAAGAGAACAAUCGAGACGUGAUGAUUUGGAGGCUUUGGGCCAUGUGUUUUUCUACUUUUUACGCGGUCAAUUACCUUGGCAGGGAUUGAAAGCACCCACCAAUAAACAAAAGUAUGAAAAAAUUGGAGACAAAAAGAGAACAACACCGGCAGUCACUCUUUGCGAUGGUUUGCCUACACAAUUUGCCGAGUAUUUGGAUUCAGUGAGGUCGUUGCCAUUUGACGCCGAACCUCCAUAUGAAGAGUAUAGAAUGUUGUUGGUAUCUGCAUUGGAUGAUUUGGGACAAUCGUGUGAUGGGGAUUAUGAUUGGAUGCAUUUGAACGGAGGUAAAGGGUGGGAUGCUUCGAUUAAUAAAAAGCCAAAUUUACAUGGUUAUGGACAUCCCAACCCACCAAAUGAGAGAGAAAGAAGACAUCGCGAUCAAAGAAGGACUAGGCAACAACAACAACAGCAGCAGCAGCAACAACAGCAACAGCUACAACAACAGCAACAGCAGCAACAACAACAGCAGUUGCAACUUCAGCAACAACAGCAACAGCAACAGCAGAUGCAUCUUCAACAACAACAACAACAACAACUGGAGAAGCAACAACAGUUGCAACUGCAGCAGCAACCAUACCAACAAUUGUACCAAGUGCAACCACAACCAAAACCAUUACCUCCUAAUCCAGAAAACUAUCACCAGCAACCACCGGAACCACACUAUGAAGGCGAAGACGAGCACAAGAAGGGUUUCUUUUGGUGUUGUCGUUAG